GUUGUCUCUCUCUCUCUCUCUCUUUCUCCGUGUGACCAGCUCCGCGAAGUGAAGCAGCCUCUGAGGUGUUUGACGUCCUCCAUCACAGCCAGGUGCAUCACACCCGUGGCCACCCGUGUCAACAACUAUUUGCUCAGGUACCGAGCCCUCUCAGAAAAAAGUAAACUGCUAUUCCUGCUGAAAGAGUUCGUUGAAGGAAAGAAAAGUCCGGGAACGCACAGUGCUGUUACGCAUGGAAGUUGGAAUCAUCCUUGUAGAGUUUACGCAUGGCUUUGUCUCGUCCCUCUGGAGGAUGCGUCUUGGCGCAUGAGAGCAUAUCAGGGCGUCAAGAGAGAAAGUGAGAAAUGAUGCGGGUGAAUGAGCUGCUGCUCGGUUACUUUCUGGUGAAAGUUGUGGUGUGUGACACUGAGGGCGAGCAGGGUCAGACCGUCGACGACUUCAUGUUCGUUACCGGGUUUAACGACUCCAAGGAGAUGGAGAGCGUGGUGACGGAGAGCCCGCACAUGGAGGACAAGUGCCGAGGCUACUACGAUGUGAUGGGCCAGUGGGACCCGCCGUUCGUGUGCAGGACGGGCAGCUAUCUAUACUGUUGCGGCACCUGUGGCUUUAGGUUUUGCUGCGCGUUCAAAAGCUCCCGGCUGGACCAGACUACUUGUAAGAACUAUGACACCCCGCCGUGGAUGAUGACUGGGAGACCCCCGCCGAAAGUGGACCCGGCGCUGGAGACAGCGAAAGAUAAGACCAAUCUCAUUGUGUAUGUGAUAUGCGGGGUCGUGGCCAUAAUGGCACUCAUAGGAAUUUUCACCAAGCUCGGUUUGGAAAAGACGCAGCGUCCGCAGCAAGAUGACAUGUCAAGGUUGGUUCUCACUUUGCUCUUUUUGUCCGCAUUGUUUUUUUGUAACUCCUGACUGCUUUGGGUUAUUUCAUGUUCUAUUAUGUAGCUAUAUCCUACUACAUUGACGCCAAAGUUCUGGGUUCUCCUUGCUCAAUUCCUGUGCGUAAAACCACGAAAUACACUAAAUAACUCGCAGAGCGGCAAGUUUACAAUGUGAAACACAAUGAAAUUCACGUGGUUGCGCUUAAAGUAAAUUUUCAGAAUGAUAGAAACAUCAUUUCAAUUUAUCACAUUACAACUGACAGCAAUAGGGUCAGCUGCUCUGAGCAUGAAAAAUGUAAAUUCUUUGAUGAUACUCAAACUUAUAUGGAUUUUCAACAGCAUACAGGACACUGGCUUUGGUCUGAAACUGUUUACAUUGAUUAGAUUAAUACUAUUUGCUUUUUAUUGGAAUAAAGCACAUGAUAUAUUGGGGUUUUGGAGUGUACAUUGCAAAAUAAAAAACAAACAAACAAACAAAAAGCCUCCUUAUGACACCUGUGACUGACAGAGUUUUACAAGAGAUGCAAAUGUAUGCUUUGCUGCCAUAAAAUAUACUGGGUACAUUAAGCUGUUGCAUCGUUCUAAUUCACCUCCAAGCUUUUACUUUCCAUUAUCUCUAACAUCGCUAUAUGUGUAACUGAAGUGGCUUGAAGUAAUCAUUAAGCAAAGAGCAGAUACUUAACAGCGAGGCUCUGGCUUUCAUCGGUGUGACUCCACUUGACUCUCUUUUAAUACCAAGAACUGUAAUUUUCUCAUCGUCUCAAGCCAUUGCCCUCCAGUGACGCAGGGCUGCCCCCUUUAACAAACUUGUAUUGGAUGUAUAUCAGAAUCACUGUGCCUACUUUCACCAUUAAUUACUAUUUUUUAAAUUAUGUAUAUGUCUUUUCGUGCAACCCAUGUUGCAGGGGUCAGAUUGUAGUGUCUAAACAUAUUUCUUCUUGCUCAGCUCACUCAGAGCCCUGAUUGUGAUGAAGGUGAGGCCAAACAUGUAAACAGGUAAAAUUUAAGACCUGUGGGAGUGGAACAGCUUUAGAGCUCUGGUGUAACUUUUAGUCAAAUGAAACUGUGCCCCAUGAAGGUGUAGGCCUUGCCACAGCGGUUGUUAGUUUGACUCCCUGCCUUGAUUCCUAUACCUGGUUUCCUGUCUGUAUUCAUGUCCCCCUAAAGGUCAAAAAGUAAAAAAAUAAAAAAAGAUGUUUAAGGGGCACCAUUAAAACUUAGCUGCAGUCCCAUUCGUAGCCACAAAAAAGAUGGACAACAAGACAGCUCUCCAAAAGUAAAGGGAGAAGAUUUGGCGCCCCCUCUGUUGACUGGCUGUAGUAUUGGCCAUAAAGACACAUCACUCAAACUUUGAAAUCAAAACAGACAUAAUUUUUUUUUUCUCAAACAUCAUCACUGCUGUUAGUAUGGUUAGUUAUCAUCAUGUUGAUUUAUGUCCCAGUGUUCAUUAUCCUUAAUAUUUGGUUCAAACUAGUUUUUUGGUGCUUUAAAGAAGCAUACCUGUAUGAUUGACAACGUUGCUGCCAAAUGCAGCAAACAAAUUAAACAACCUCUAGCACAACAGUGACUAACCUUAACCACAAGUGUUUGCUGAAGCUGACACAAGAUUAUGACCGAUGUAUAAUAAGGUAUCACAGUUUUUCUUAAAAUAUAACAAUUUAAAGCUCCUAUAAGGAGUUUUUUUUACAUCUAUGAAAUAGAAUGAAUAUCCUAUUGAUGAUUUUCAUGACAUCUAAAAGUAAACAAGACCUUUGGUGACAAAUUUGAUGGUUUUUUUUGUCCUUAAUUUUAACUUCUGAAACCUGUGGUAGGAGGUAUGUGUCAGCCGAGCAGCUAAGGACAUAGCUCUCUCUAAAUUUUUACAAUUUAUACAUGAAAUAUUCAAAUUUUACUAUCUAAUGUCAGAUGGAUUAAAUCUUUUUUAUCAAAAUUAGCUACUCAAGCAUGUAAUGAACAGGACAAACAAAGGCAUAAAAGGGGUGAAAAAACUGGGGUUAAAAUAAAAAAGAUGAGAUGAGAGAUUUGAUCAAAUUUAAUAAAUCCUUUCGGGGAAGGUUUCCUAAAGAAAAUUUACAUUUAAAAUUAAAAUUGCAUGUAGAAUUAAAUUUAUGACUGCAAUUUCUGUCAAUAUAUUAAAACUUGUGUAAAACCAUAGCAAGUGACUGUUUUAGAUUUGACUGUUUAGAUAUUCUGGGCUGUCACUUAGGAUGGGAAAACAUGGGAAAAAUCUUUUUAAAUAAAAUGAUGAUGGUAGGCUAUCAGAUUUAGGAGGGCAGAUGAGAUUUCAAUUUUGUCAAAAUACUAUAAAUCAGCCCAAUUACCAGGCCAAUACCAUAAUCGUUCCAUAUCUAAACUUAGAUUAAUGGUUUUAUACUUUGGAUUGUUUCAAAUAAAAAGGGGAAAAACUUGAUCAUGUCAUCUCAGAGGACUCAUGUUAAAGGAAAGCUGAUGUACAGUAUAUAUUUCACUCAUAACUGACUUAUUUUCUUACUUCAAUCAUUCUUUAUGUUUCCAGAGCUCUUGCACACGUUAUCCGCCAUCCUGCCUCUGAGCAUUCGGACGACAUUGGACUUGGCCAGCACUACGAGAACAUUCAGACCAGAGUCACAGUCAACAGCCUCCGUAAGUUCUGUGACAACAGCUGACAGAGCACCUAGAGGCACACCUACAUGCACUGUCUUCACAUGACACAUUGGUUUGUUCAAACAGUUGGCGCCAAAUCAGAACUGCACCUACCUCAAUCGUAACACCACAACCAGUUUCAGCUGAUACCCAGAUCUACAUUCUGAACUGUGUGCACAAAUGUUCGAUACCCUGCCUGUGCUUUAGAAACCAGCAGGAAAAUGUUCAUUCAUGCUCCUGCUGGCAUGUGAAGCAAUUACUGAAGCCCUCAGCAAUCACUUAAUGUACACACUAAUUACCCCAGACAAGCUGGAGCUCUGUAUCUAAGCCACACUUAUUAUUAUAUGUAGUAUGGCCUCACACAUUAUACCACACUCAUGUUUUCCCAUUCAUCAGCAGCAGCAGCUCCUCCACACACCCACGCAGGGAGUGAAAGAAAGAGUUCUUAUUAAUGCUAACCUGCUCAGUGUGCUGACAGCUCCAGUCAAUGAAGGUCUCUCUGCAUCCUUGCUGGAUAAUUACAGCAAGCGGCACCUCAUUUCAAAACUUAAAGGUAGAGUCCUGUUCUUCCUCGAGCCUCUCGUUUGACUGAAGAUUUGGAUUCAAUAAUAAAUCAGUACAGUGGAAAAGUACAACUCAUAUCCAGAGACGACGUGUGCCUCACAAGUUAGAGUGUUCUCAUCUGAGCUGAAAAGAGCAGCAGGUGAUUCACUGAUUAGUCAGAAAGCUUUGCUAAUUAGUGAAAACACCUGGUGUAAUCUGAGCUCGCAAUAAAAAGCUGCCUGUUCCCGGCGCACAUGGCACAGGACUGUCAUUCUCAGAUUACCUCAUUACACAGAACCGGGUUUUUCUUGUGCUAAUAGAACAACAUUUGUGAUGAGCAGACCUUUGCUGUAAUUAGUUUGGAAAUAUGAAAUCCCAAAUGUGUGUGUAUUUCACAUCAUGAUAAAUGAAUCCUAAAUAUGCAAGAAUGGGUAACAAACUCUGCGAACAUAGUCACACAAUCUCACAAAUUGCUAGGAUUACAAUUGUGGAUCAUAACUGUGUACAAACGCGCACAUCGUUUGGAUGUAGAAAUGCCAGGACACAGUCUGAUUUUAGUGCGUCCUUCAAAACUACAACCUAGAUCUAACUAUUCUACCUUCAAAAACUGAAAGCUGCUCUAUUUUAAUUUGUUUUGAUCCUUUAAAUCAAUUAAGUAGACAUGUCAGCACUGACAAGAUAAUAAUUAAUUGCUCUAAAAUCAGAGAGCUUUCUGUCCUACCUUAGCUGCUCACAGAAUAAUUCAUUAAAUCCUAUUGACAGGCUCUUUUUUGUAGUGCUAUUCAGCUUGUAGGAUGCCAGUGUCAGUGUCUUAUUUCUUAUAAGCAGUAUAACCGUGAGCAAGAAUAGAGUAACAAAGUGAACUUACAGUUGUGCAAAACUUUCAGGUUACAUAUUUUUACAGCCUCACCUGUAGUAUGUGAGAAACAGUGUGUAUUUUACAGUGUAUACAUCUGUAUGCUUUUGAUUAUAGUGUUAUUUCCUGUAUAUUUGUGAAGCUAAAGGGAGUAACACACAAUUAUACCUGUGCAAAUGAAAAUGAACAUCUGUUCUGUUCCUUUCAGCAGGGUAGGACUAAAAUAGCCAGUUGAGCACAAAGGGUUAAGGUGCCAGCAUGCAACUUUUCGAUUUCAGUGUGCGUGCCAGCAUGUUGUGGUUUAAACACUUUGGUGACAAAAGCUUUUGUGAACUCACUGAGGAACUUGUGUCCUGAUUUUAAAUCCCAAUUUUCUUGCCUGUCCCUGGAGUAGAUACAAAACAUAUCAUCACUGAAAAGCAAAUACAGCCACCGAAAAGUGAUGCCACGCCUCCGAAACAAGAAAGGGAACAUUGAACCGUGGAAACAAAUGUGCAGAUCCCACCCACAUCCAUAUUUCUUUGAGUCUGGCAUUAUUUAUAUGUAUAUAUUUAUAUAUAUAUAUAUAUCAGUGGCGGCUGCUGGUCUUUCAAGGAGGGGAAGCUCAUUUUUCUGGCCUACAUCAUAAUUGUAUUUGUUUAUUAGUAUGUAACAGAACAGAGUCGCCAAACACAACGGCAGUCGUUUUUAACAAAGACAAAAGUCACUGAGGAUCGGUAAAGUCUCUGGAGCAGUUAAGAACAACGGAAUGAAUGACUUGGAAAAUGCUCUGGUACAUGUUUUAUUCUUCAAGAUCGCUGAUUCGCUUGUUUGGCUGUCAAUCAAAAAAGGAUUUCGCCUCAGACAGCUCAUCCAAUCAUGAAUGCAGAAGCUUGGAGUCCGGGAGAAAGUCGGGACCGCCCUCUCGCCAUAGAACUCCAGUGAAGCUUAGCUUCCAUUGGGCGGGACAAAGCCCAGCAUUUAUCCAAUGAGCGUCUAGUUUCGCUGCUGGAACAACCCACUUUAAGCUUCCACAUUGAAGUCAGCAGAAGCCCAGCGUCCGACUGUUUGAAGCGCUGAGGCGCUGCGAGGAUGAAUGAGAACGAAGUUAUGCCGGUUACCUGUGAUUAUCAGCUUCUUAUCACAGUGUCUGAACAAAAGUUGAAGGCUUUCUAGUGCGUAUUUAGUUAAUGAAAUGUACACACAGCCGUACGUAUUUCACCACUUUUUCUUUUUUUUGGGGGGUGACAUAUUAAGGGAAGCCGAGCUUCCCUUGCAGUCUUAGAGCAAUCGCCACUGAUAUAUAUAUAUAUGUAUAUAUUUAUAUAUAUAUGUAUAUUUUUUCCCUUGAUGAUCAUGUAUGAAGGUAUGAUAACUUAAGAGAUGCUCUAUACCGCAGUGCAGCCAACACUUGCUGUUGGUGAAAGCACCUCUUACAAUGCAUCAUGAACCCAAAAUUUCAACUGGAAAGACAAAUUUGAAACCAGUACUUGCUGGACUUGGCUUUUACUGCCACCGCCUGGAUACCCAACAAGGUCUGCAAAAUAUAGUCCAUCUAUCCUGGAGGUGUAUAUCAUUUUUAGGUGACCACAUUCAGUUCCAAGCUUGCAAGAGUAUCUAGAUGAAUUAGUUCUUUUCAGCUUAAUCGGGAUAUUCAGAUUUAUCAGCACGUCUUUGUUUUGUGACCUUUGCUGUCGAGAUCUGGGGCAUGCAGGAAGGUUACAACAGAAACAGUGACAGCUAAGGGAUAAUGAUUAUUUUCUUGGCAGCAGCCCGUGCAAGGUUACAAGAGGUGUUUUUUUUUUUUUCUAUGCUGCAUGGAUCUGUAGUAAAGUGGUUCCCUCCAGCUGUGCUUUCUUGCAGCAGGUGUGACUUUUCCACAGCUUCAAUGAUGGGUGCCCCUCAAACAAAUCCCUGUCUGAUUAGGCUAUAAGCUCUCGCCCUUCUCAAACUGUCUGUAAUAUUUUUUUUUUUUAAACUUUUGGCCACCAGUGCAUUUGCGUCCAUGUCCUGCUGGUAGAGAGCGUCCACGGGGCAAUGGCAAAGUGUGGCCUCUUUUUGCUCCAGGCGUUCAGCCAGAGAGAACAAAGUCUGAGCUCGGUGCCAACCCUCCACUGGUGCAUAACAGACCAUUUCCUCAUGACCAGACAGAAAUGUAUUUCAGCAGCAUUAGCUCUGACAGCAGCUGAAAAGUCAAAUGUAGAGCUUAUCAGGGUUCAAUUUUCCACCUGCCAUAUAAUGUCGACUGAAAAGUGCACUGAAGCCGCUGGUCUUUGUGUUAAUAACCACAAACUGGCAAAUCAGAGGGGUCAAGAGUAUCUGGAUGGUGAUGUGUGAGUUGUCUCAGUCUGAAUAUCUUUUUGAGAAAAUGACCGAAUAGAUGGAUAGACUGCAUUUUAUUUUCAGGACAAAUAUGAAUAAUGGAUUUAUCAUUUAGGUGUCACUUUUCCAGAGAAACGUGACUGAAAUUCGUUUUUGUUUUUCCUGUGAAUUGCUUUAGAAGGACCAAAUCCAGGAGAAGCAAACUGUGGCAGAAUGUGGUAUUUAAAACAAAACAAAUCAAAACAAAAAAAACAGGGGUUAGACAAAAAACUCCAAAACCCUUUUUAUUUUGCAACUGUUGAAUCAUAAUAGUACCGGAUAGAUGUGGUAGUGGCGAGGUGAAGAAGGAAAUCUGCAGAUAAUGUGUACUUACUCUUAUAAGUUUUACACUGGACCUGGACAGAACUGAAGGGUGGGCCCAUGUCGGUUUGAUUUCAGCUCUGAUAAAUGAGUCCAUUUUCCUCUGUGGAAGUCCUAUUUAUUUGAGUGUUUUGAUUGAGAGAGCCAAUGAAUUUCAUAUCCAACACUUUUUUUAAUGAUAUAGAAUCACUGCAAAGUAAUUGUGGCUCACUAUAGUACGUUUUGCUGGCUAAAUCACAGCUUCAACAUGAUACAGCGACACAUCUCCAAAAUCAGCUGGAUUAUUCCUCUCUGUGUUCAAGGCUGUCAUGAGUUUAUAAGCACUACAAAGAUGGCUGUGAGAGACCUAAUAUGCUUCUACUGCACAUUGUUGGAGCAGAUACUGAAUGUUUGGGCUGAGCUGAAACUAUCAUAUUUUGUGAACAAGAUCAAAACUAGAGUUUCUUACUACAUAUCUAAAAUCGUCUGUUCAAAAACUAAAUGUAACCAAAUAAAAAUCACAGCAGAAAUGUACUUUUAGUGAUCACUUUUAUUUAGCUCUAAAUACCAUGUUUGUGUUAAUUACCUGUUUAUUUUUGUCUAUUGUCUUCUUUCUUGGUAUGUCUAAUAUUUCAAUUCUGUUGUUGUUAUUGUUGUUUUUUAACUCUAAUGUACUCUGAAUUGAUUUACAGUGAUUUGAAAAUAAACUUGUCUUGGCCACAGCACAGCUCGAUUGAAAUAAAAGACUUUCCAAAAGUAUUAUAAAUACAGCAGGAUACAGACGCAAAAAGACAGUGUGUUUUUUCAUUGCUAUCUUGAAAAUAGGCCGUCUGUAAACAUGUACGCCCUUCUCCUUGUACCACUUAUGUGGGGGCACACUGCUCCUAAAAUACCCUCUUAAAUCUUUUAUGAGUUCGAGGGAGGUGUCUGUGUCUGGAGUGUUAACUUGCUUAUUUCCGGCAACAACCGUCGAGUCUUUAACCUUACAAGUCUCCAACAGUGGCCUACUUUCUUCGAUCAGUCGACAUAAAAAAGGUCGAGUCUGACAACAGCGAAAGUAACAAUGACACUCAGUCAACACACAGUCAGAGCAGCUUUAAAGAGGAAGAUAAAACAGCUCAUACAGCAGCACUUCAGUUAAAAUUGAGUUUGGCAUCCUGAAAAUAGCAAUGUUGCACCGGAUCUUAACAAAAGCACUGUCCUCAAAUCUAUUCUCAUCUUGGGCUAUAAAUAGAGGAAAUCUGAGACUCUUGAGAUAUCCAGACAGGCUGGAAAAAUAAAUGUUUUUAACAAUGUGGGAUAUAAAAUACUUUGGACAAAGCAUGUAGUAUACUUUCUUGGAUUACUGAUAAUUCCAAUUUUUCAUUUCCAAUGGCCUCUGCCUCUAGGGUGGGCGCUCUGUCUGUCACCUUGAACAGAGUAUCAAAUAAGCACAGUGGUCAGGUGGCUUCACUUCAUCACUAUAGCUUGGUGGACGGUACACAUAAUAGCACAAUAAAUAGGUUUCUUUUGAUAAAUACGCUGGGAUUUAUUGAUACUGUGAGAUCAGAUUUCCUGCAGGGCAGUACCAGCCAUGUACUAGUCUGGUCAGAGUGAACUUUAUAAAGAGAACGUGUGGUAAUGAAACCCCAACAGGAGCUUUUUUUGCUCUCUAGAUAAAUUAAAAGCAGUUUUGAAAUUCAUCCCCAUAUUGUCUAUCACCUCAGAAUGCUAAUGCUAAACUAAACGCUAAAUGCUAAACUGAGGUUUUUACCACAGUGUCAACAGGCAGAUAUGCUGGAUUUUUUUCCUUUGCCUGAUUUGAUUUGAUUUGAUUUGACGUAGAAUCGAGUUAUGCCUGGCAACACACUAGCUGCAUUUGAAUGGGCACAAAUAAUUUGGAAUAAAUGCCCAAUUGGAAUAAAAAAGUGUCAUGUAAACAUCUCAAUCGUAAGAUUCUGAUCCAAUUCGGCUCAAUCGGAAAGAAACUGUAUCCCGACCGAGAGGGUUAGUUUAUGCUAAUUGUUAUUCCGAAACCCAUUCAUGUAAACAAGUAUUCCGAUCGUGACUCUCUUACCUGACUCGGUCUUCACUCUUUAGCCUUUGGUUUAUGUAUUGAGGUCAGUACAGGAGGUUUCAUUUUCAACACUCUGGCAUAAAACACAACCGCAGUUGUCGUAUCUGCUCCAUGAUAACAUAACAUGGUGUACAUACAGCGCAAUCAAGUCACAUCUGCACGCACAGUGUGACCUUUGACAGAACAGUAAAAUAAGUAAGCAAGGGCGCCAUCUAGUGACAACAUUUAACAAAGAGAAAAAUCUUAAAUUGGAUGGAGUGAGCAACUAUUGUUUGUUGGUUUGUUGACAGCACAGGCGUAAAUACAUCUCUACAUGUCGGAUCAGAUUAUUUGAUUUGGUGCCCAUAUAAACAGUGGAUUCAGAUUUUCCGAGUCCUCAAAUGUUGAAUCUGAUCAAGAAAUGUUGCACAUGUAAACAUGGCUAAUGAUCUUGAGAAAUAAAACAUCCAAAGUAGAGUUUGGAUCAAUAAGAUAGCUGUGUUUUCAGUACAUUGAUUUCACUCUGUAGAAGUUGAUAUAUUUUAAUUGGACUUUUAGCUUAAACAAGAUGGCAUUAAAUGAGAGCAUGUGUGCAUGGCCCACUUUAGAUGAACUGUAUUACUGAAGCAGGUCAACAAGCCCAGAAAAGAACCUGACAAGGUAACACAGAUAGAUUUGAAGCAGAAAAAUCUGUCUGACUAUUGUUGUUAUUUUUGUCACAUGCUGCCGGCUGUGGCAUGAAUGUUUAAUUCCUCUAAAACUAAAUAGUCAGCUGCACAUCAUAGUGGUAACUUUUGUUUUAAACAUAACGGUCUGUUUUGAUGACACCCAUCUUUCAGGUGAAUAAACGAUCUGAAUAUUUGAAAGUGCUGUAACAUUAACAGUUAUUGAUAAGAUUUGGAUUCAUCAGGAUCACACAGGAACACAGUGUCACCCCUCACACUGUGCUACACUGGAUGACCCUGAAAUCUGAUCACAGUACUGAAGAAUUGUCAAAGCCGUCUUCAGCAUCAUUUCAUGAGACAGCAUUGGCAGUUUGAGACUUUCUAAAUUAAUUAGCACGGUAAUAAAGUUUCUUGCUGACCAGUGGGGAAUAAGAGCCCAAUUAACCUAUUUUCUGUAUUAAUGAUCUGUUUUUAUCAGAUGCGGUCUAGACCAAGUGCUGUUGGCUUCCUCCCACUCUGAAGAUUUUUGACGUUGGCCUCUAACAGUACUUGAUGACAGUUCAAGUUGAAUAUAAAUGAGAGCAACUACUCACACCUCUACUCCAUAAACAAGUGAAAAUCACUGUUUAGAUGAAUCCAUCACACAGCAUUGGAGUACAAACUGCAUCUUGUGCGUGGCUCAUAUCUCCUCCUCUCAGCGAGGGAGGAGACUCUCUGAACAUCUGUUUGCUGUGUCAUGCCAGUAGGCAGGGGGCCAGUCUAGCUGCUGUGUAGCCUUUAAUUUAGCAGAUGUCUACUGUGGGAUUAGUACAGUUUUACAAAGAGCAGCUAUGACUCCCCAGCUGGGGCUCCAGUAAAAGCCCACUUAAAAGGAAAGCGAUACCACCAAGUCAGAGACACAAUGACUUAAUAUUUGCAUCAAUCCGCUGAGAUUAUUGAGAUUCUACAGCUACUUAAAAGAAACAAAGAUACUUUUCAUCCAAUGAAUACCAAACGGUUUAUCACAUUUUUAUUAGAGAUGCAGCGAUCCAUUUUUUUCUGAUCCAAUCCAAUAUCGAUAUCUGGGCUAAGCAAAUCUGUCGAUAUCCGAUACUGAUCUUCCAUGUAAACAUUUAGUGAAAAAGGAUAGGCAGACAUAGAAUAUUGAGCGAACAGAAUCGCUGUGUUGCUGUGUAUGGUAUUAAUUAAAAGGAAAAAAAAGACGGGAUGGGAAUGCUGGAUCAGUGUUAUUAGAUAUCAUCAGAUAUCUGAUCCAGUUAAUUUGUCAAUAUCGGAGCUGAUAUCCAAUCCAGAUAUUGGAUCAGUGCAUCCCUAAUGUUCAUACUAGCAGCCAAACCUCACCAGUGUCUUAAUUGAUCUUUAUUUGUAGAUUUGAAACAUCCUCACAAACCAGUGUGAUCAGAAACCAUGAUUUAAGUAAAGAAACAGCCAAGUGCUUGUCACGUAAAAUACAAUGUUCAGUUUCAUUUUAAUAGAUUACACUGUUACACAUCGAGAAAUGUAGUUAUGCAAAAAUGUGAGGCACACUCGUUGCAUCCAUUGGCUUAGCUUGUCAGUGCUAGCUCACACUCAGAGGAUCUCAGUGGAUUGAUUUCCUCUGACACGAAGCACAUCUUACUUUUGACUAGUCAGGUUGUCAGUGGCUUUAUUUCCCAUCAUGACAGGAGGUGGAUACAGGAAGACACUGUGGUGGUGUAGCUACGAUACGGGGACAAAAUAGCACUUUAAGAUAAUUUAAGCUAAAGUUAUCACCGCAUACAACCUCAACAGUGUCUGAUGUUUCCGCAUUAAUGAGUUGUUGUCUUUCCCCAUCUGCAGAUAGCAACCAGAUGAACAACCUGGUGCAAGCAUCGACUCUGAUAGCGCAGCCUUACCCGCCCGUGGGACAGAUCACCAGCCCCUAUGAGCAACUGAAGCCUAUCAAGGAUCUCAACAAGUAUGCAACACUCAAGGCUGUGGGUAAGGAGAUGAUUACUGAGAGUUAUAUAGAGGUUUUUAUUCUGAGGAGAAGUUUAUACCUUCUGAAGAAAAAUUCACCUGAAAUGAUUCUCAGGUCAUUUAAUUUAUAAACUAAAUGAGCUUAAAUAUUGCUCGUCACAACAGACAUAAGAUAUAGUUUUACUUCAGACACAGCUCGCCUUGUUUUUCACCACCGUGUAGAUGCACUUGGACUGUAGAUAUUUUGAAUCUCCAUUAGAUCUCUGGCUCACAUAAAACCGUUGUCAGUUAAUCAUCAGUCCGUCACUGCCAAAGAGAGCAAAGCUAGGUGUUUAUUUUUAGAAGGAAGUUUGUUGUUCCUCUCAUGCGCUAAAUGGGGGAGAGUCUGAAGCCAGCGUCUGGACAAGUUAUAAAAAAUAAGUUCAGAAAAAAGGCCCUGGGCUAAGAAAUAUCAUGGCAAGAGGUAUUUUUAAGUAGAGAAUAUAGCAUUGGAGAAAUUUUAAUAAAACAGUACUUUACAUACAGAUGGUGGCAUAGCUUUCUGUUUUUCAGGGUUUUAAAUUCAAAGUUUUCCUUUUUAAGAAAAUAAACCCACUUCUGGCUACCGCUGUUGGUUUCUGUGAUUUAAAUAAUAACAUUGGCAUCAGAAAAGCAAAAUAACCUAAAAAUGUUCUUUAAUUUUGCCAGCACUUAUCCUGAUCUAUGCCAGAAACUUUUUGUGGUUUGAAGAGAAAAAGUAAAUAGAGGAGAUGCGCAUAAGUCAAAGUGUGGAGCGCCAGUAUUUGUUGAUAUGUAUUUGAUGCUAUUUAACACAGUUGAAGUCUUUUUAUAGAUUCAAGCAGAAUCAAUUAGCAGUUUUUUACAGACCUGUCCAUGGACAGGAUGACAGCUGUCAGCUUGUGAGUUGUGGAGUUCAAACACACAAAACUCGGCUUUGUGUUUCUUCUGAGCAGCUCAAGUUUCCUCACUGCUUCUGCACUGAAAGGCUGUCAAAAAAGCCGAUCAUUACGGAAAAUAAAAAUAGAGCAAAUCUUAGCUAAUGAGACGAGGGACAGGAGACAAUUGGGGGCAAUCAAAACACAAAUGAGGUGUUGCCAUGAGACAAGAUGCAGCUGUACUUUACAUAGUGAGCUGCAGUAAAAAAUCAAGUACUGUCAAAGUGAGAUCUUGCUGCAGAUAAAAAUCCAACAUUUCAUUUAAAAUUCCUCAAGUGUUUUCAAAAUAAGGCAAAAGCAUGGGUUUACUUUACACAUACACUGAGCCUGUACUGUUUUCAUACACUGUCUGCAGCUGACUGGGGACUAAAACAAAUCACACUACAGUGAUUUGAGAGCACAAGGCAGCAGAUGAUUAUGGGAGGAGAAAUGCCAAAAGACAAAAUAUAGUGUGCAGUGCUCUCCUGGCAAGCAUCUUGGCCACAAUGAGUCCCAUGUGUCUUUCUAAAAUAAUAAUACAUUUAUUUGCCAUCUUUAAGUUGGCUCAAUUUUACAUAAUGGAUGACAAUAAGGAACCAAGUGAAAAUACAAAUUUAACACAAAGGUAGGUGGGAUGAUCUUUGCAGGAUAUUUCCCUAUGAUUUAAGACUCACCAGCCUACUUUAACUUUUUGGGGCUGAGGAUGAAAUAUACAGUAGAUGUAAAAUUGGUAUGAUGGCUGCAUCUGUGCCAGGUGACAUUUUCUGAAAAACACUUCAAGAAGAUAUGAGACAGUUAAUUUUUAAAAGUAGAGAUUUGUGUGUAAGUUGACAUAACAAUUAAACACUGUCAUCCUUACUAGUUGGCACCAGAUUUACUCAGUUUACUACUCGUGAAGCUCUAGUUCCUGUCAAUGGCUACUGCUGUUUAAACAAGCACAGAUAAUAGCUGAAGUGGUUUGGUGGUGCUCUGUUCUGGACAUCAGAUUUAAAAUUGUAAGUUAGCUGCAUAUGGUCAAAGUUACAUAUGACCAUUUGACCAGAGAGACCAGUGACAGCACAGGUAGACAGGCCUGACUGUGAUGUUUGCAUAGCUAUCUGCAGACUAUGUGAUCUCAUUUGUUUAACUGUUGUCUACAGUGCUCAGCAUAAAUGAGAACACCUCUUCAGAGUUGUCAGAAAACUUUUAGUUUCCUGUCAAAAUCAACAUUUUCUGUCAGACUAUACAACAAAAUACUCCCCCAAAUGUAGACCAUUUAUUGCAAACACGAUUUUUUAAGUUGCAUACUUUUUUUUUUUUUCCAAAUUUAAAAUCAGGAUGCAAAUAUAAGUACACCUCAAUCAAAGUUCAAAAAGCUAAAUUUUAGUUACCAUUAUCACCCUUAUUUUCAUCUUAUGGUAAAUAAAAUGUUAUGUUAAACUCAGCUUUGUCAAAACUUUGGAAAUUGUACUUUUGCUCUAAAUAUUGAGUCAUACAUGACUUUUAAUAAGGAGUGUAUUGACUUAUGCUUGGCACUGUAAGUCAGUACGUUUACAAUCUUGUCAAAGUAUACAAGCAUCAGGCAAGGAUCAAAUUACUGACAGAAACAUGUCCGCCGCCUCUAUGGUAGGUGCUGAUAUGCCUCCAUUCAGCUCAUUACUAUCAGGUUGCCAUUGUAGUACAUAUCAAAACAGUCUGAGAAAUGUGUUAGCAGGAGGUUAACAGCUCUAUGCUGUGUUUUAUAACCCUGCUUCCAAUGCACUUAUAUUACUCUACCUCCAGCUCCAAGCCUAGCAUGUGAACACUGGAGCAUGUGCAGAAGACUUAGGCCAGUUUCAGUCCAAUUAAGCUGUAUACACGAAUAAGACAAUCGAUCCCCAAACGCAUCAUGUAGGUGUGUUAGUCUGACUGUACGAAGUCAGAUUUAGUGAUUCCAAUUCAGGGUUUCCACACUCUCAUGAUUUAACACUGAUGGAUAUACAGAAUAAAGGACUGAUAACAUUAUCUUGUUUCUUUCAUAUCUUGUUUUUAAACUGCACACAUAUAAUGUUAUGGCUAAAGGAGGAGUGACAAAAACGUCCAUGUUGUUUGUCUGUAUUUGUUAGCAGAGAAAGCUAAUGACGGCUUCUACAGCAACCGGCGGACAAUGAUUGAGAUGACAAGCAAAACCAGCCUCCCUAUGGAAGCUGUGGAUUUGGAGCCAGCGCCGAGUAACCCUUACAGCCCACCCAGACAGCUGUCAGGGAAGCCGAACGGUCACAAGCACAAAAGCUCCAGGAGCCGUAGCUCCCAGUCUCUGUGCUACAGCUCCAGCACGGCUGUGAGCCCCGGGGUGAUACGAUCCUGGGAUAGCAAGGACGCGGUGGGACUCAGACAGAGCUACGGCCAGAAGAAACUGUGCAUCAUUGAGAAGGAGCUGCACACCACCCGCUUCAUGCCUCCACAACCGUACUUUGUCACCAACAGUAAGACUGAGGUGACGGUAUGAGAGACGGUCAGAUCACCAGGAUUAAAGCGAGCCUGUAUCUAAAGCUGCUGACUGUGGGUGGUGUGGAAAGGAACUGUAGCAUCUGCACAUAAAGUGAAGCAUUUAAGACGCCACGUACAGGUGAGGGCACUGUAAAAGGACUCUGUAUCAGUUACUGUACCUCAGAAGGGGACAGUGAUGAACAUGAUUUCAUCAGUAUUUAUAAAACCACUCAGCUAAAACAGAACACUGCACCUAUGCUACAUAAAUGUAGGCCAUGUGAUUUCAAAUAUACUCUACUUAAUCAUCAUGUUAAAGCAUACAAUUUCUAUUAAAAACAAUGUUUAAAUGAGAAAACUUUUCUUAUCUGCUGGUAUCUAUCUAUUCAAAGAUAAAGUCCUAAGAUACCUGGGAAAUGACAACAUGGUUGAUUAGAUUUACAGAUACUGUUCGAAAGUACUAGGCUUCAUUAUUUUGAGAUAUUUACCUUAAAUAACAUUAACAAACCCAAACUAUUUGGUUAUUUGUUUGUAUUAAAAGAUCUCAACCCACACAAAUCAACCAAGAAAGAUUAUUCGAGUAAGAUAAGGAUAACCAAGCUCAAUUAUUUUAAAGCUCCUGUGAGGAACUUUUAGUUUGUGUUGAUUUUGGAGCCCCCUUGUGGACAAAGUUAUACCCUUUAUUUCUUAGUUGAUUUUUUUUCUUGUACUUGUGAUUUUGAAAAAAAUCUUAUUCUGCUUUCUUUCAAGGGUCAAAUGUACGACUCUCAUAGUAUUUGCAGAAGAAAAUUUAAACAAAACUUUUCUGCAGCUUGCUGUUAAUAAUCACCCUGGGGGACUAGGUUUGAGGCAUUAAAAUUACAAUAUGGACCAACUAAAAUUCCUCACAUCAGCUUUAAUCUCUAAAGGUUUCAAAAUGAAUAAUAUAUGAAUAAUAUCAGUCGUCACUACUCUGUUAAGAUGACAAUAACUGUCAUUGGCUUCAGUCAGAACCGAAGUAAUUGCUGUAUAAAAUACAAAAAAAAUGACUUUUUUUCAGGUCUCCAAAAUGCUGUGUAUCCAUUUUAGAGAGUUUUAGAUGGAUGUUAUAUUCCUUUUUUUCAAACAGAAUAUAUUGAAAAGCCAGAGCAAGGGUGUAACUGUUUACCUAUGAGACCUAAAAGUUUUGAAGGAAAUUGAUUAAAUUUUUGGGGACUCAAGAGUCACUUUUCAAAGUGGUUGAAGUCUGUCUCAAUGCAAACCACGUCACUGCCAAUGGACAACCUACUGAUGCAUCAAUACAUUUUUAUUGUUAUUGUAGGAGGUGUAGCUGCAGAGUGUUUAACCUGUGAUGUAAUGGUAUAAUAGUGCCUCUCAUCAGUACCAGCAUGUGUGUGAAGAUCUUAGAAUAACUUGUAGAGACAGCUCCAGUGUUAGUGUGGAGAUCAGUUUUAUUCUUAGUAAUCCAUUCAAAAGUCAUUAAGAGUUAAGAUAGUGUUUGCACACUGUUUGAAAAUGUUUCUGUUUAAAAACCUUGAAGAUUGUUAUUGAAUAAGUGUCAGUGAGGUCCAACUUAAUGAGGCAGCACAAUGGUUGCUGAGACUGGCGCCCAUUAGUGAGAGCAUAUGUACUCACAGUGUUAUGAUUUGGGCCAGUGGCCCCACAUUCCCUAAAAAAACUGAAGAAGUGCACUUUUUGUCACACAGCUCCCACACAACUUAAAGCUCCUAUGAGGAACUUCUGGUUUGAGUUGAAUUUAGCUGAUUUUUCUGUACAGUGAAUCAGAAUCAGAAGAAUGUAAAUCAAACUAUCAGUAUUUCUAUAACUUUAAGCCCCUGUGAAAAACUUUAAGUCAGUGUCAGUUUUGGUGCCAUAGGGGUAAUAUCAUUUCCUCUACAUAAUUCAGAAGUGUCUAUUGACUUUUGUCAGUCAAAGUUAUCUUUGUAAAUAUUUUAUUCAGAAUUUUAAAAAAGAGCUGAUUCUCUGACAUCUACCCCCCUAACACCAGUUUUCAGGCAUCAAAAACUACACUUUUAAAACCUUCAGUCUUGUUGCUGAUGUUUCUCUCAGCUUUUGGAUAUCAUGCAAAGGCAUCAAUAUGAAUUUCAGUCUAUUCCAUGAAUGUCAAAAACCUCCUUAUGGGAGCUUUAAGGCCUAAAAUGCUGAUUAUAUGUUGUGUCUAAGCUGUGAUGCAGCCAUCCACCACCAGAGGCUGUAGUUCUGGUUACCUGCUGCUGCUAUAGUGAUAUAUUGACAUUACCUGAAUGGAAACAGUUUUAGAUGGCAGAUGGUUUCUCAUAGCAGACAGCAGCUAAGCAGUAUUUUGUCUAAAAUGGGUGUAGUAGUAGAUCACAUUUCCAGUGUUGGGGUUUUUAAGGUCUAUGAACUCUGAUCAGGAUGAAUGUAAAAAUGCUGUGAAGCCAUGUAUGUUUUUUUUCUUUCUUUUUCAAGUCUGUUAACACUGAAGUAAAUGUAAAGGUAUUAUCACACAAGUUUAUCUCAGUAACUUAACAUUAUGGUAUUUGUUGAACAUUCAAAACAUGUUGUAAUAUCAGUCACCCCUUUUAAAAAAAACCAAUGGAGUACCAAGUUUUGAAAAAAAAAAUAAGUUCCUGCCUCUCUGGGCCACACAUAUUUCAAUAAACAAGGCUGUCUAGUGCAAUUGAUUGCGAUUGGUUUCGCUGGUUUCCAAGCCAAGCAAUAUAAAAAGAAGCUCUCACCUGCCCGCACGCCUUACUCACACAGCAGACUAUUUCGAGCAGCUGAGUACAGGGCUGUCACUGAAACACAAGUGAGAAGAGAGAAAUGCAAUAAUAAAGGUGCAUUUAUGUAUCCACAAAAGCAGAUCUGUUCAUAUUACUACAAACUGUAUGCACAAUUUUAAAACAUAUGAAUAUAUAGUGCACUGGACUGUCUGUUUACAGUGUUUCAACAUUAUAUAUUUAUUAUAAACACUUUUAAACUCAAUAUUGAUUUAUAGUAUGGUGACUACUACUCGAUGUUAAUAUUUUGUGAAAGGGACUUUUUCCCCUGAAAUCACUGAAAAUAUACUGAACUGGGCCGACACCAUAUUUACACAUAAAAUCUGCUGUAACACUGUCAUUUUAAGGGAACAAUGUUAUAUUUUGGUGAUGCCCCAUGAUACAUGUUUUAUACAUUUCCACAGGUUUACUAUCUAAUAGAACUAUUAUCUGAAUCUCAUGAAUGUUGCUCAAUCUGUGUAGAUUCAGGGUGACUUAUAUAAUUUUAUUUGUUAAUUUUUUUUUUUUUUUUUUUUUUUAGAAAACCUCUGUGGUCCACAGGAGCUCAAGUAAUCCUGGAAAUUCACCAAACAUUUGAAAGUUUUUCUCUGAUUAGUUGCCAGUGUCUUACAAAACUUUGAAUCUCUGAAAUGCCAUUGUAAUUGUAUUUAAUUAUGCAAAAUCUGACAUGAUGUUUCAUCGUGGUAUUUGGAUGUGCUGCCAGGAGAAAGGUAUCUAAAUAUAAAUAUAAAUAUAAUGUGCCAGUAAAGUCAGCUCAUUUUUGUGUAUUAUCUUUACCAUCAGAGUGUACAGUUUCUGAACUUAUAAAAUGUAAUCACUGCCAAGUCACUAAACAGAUCAACCAAUCCAUGAUCUUAUCACUUCUGUUACUGUUUUUUUCAGCUGACCUCUUUGUAUCAACUUAACGAUUAAGAAAAAACACUGUAGCACCAAGUCUCCAUUCUGUGUGUUGCAAAAAAAUAAAAGAAAAGGAAACUAAUUUUAGAGUCAGAAAAGUUGUUCCAACAAAAGAAGGUUAUCUGAAGAAAAACUAGAGCUCGCCCCCGCCUCCCCUUUUCUAAAUCCUAAAUCUAGCCGGUGAGCUGCCCCCUCCAACACCACACCAGAUGGUAUCAUAACAUUAUUGAAGCACACCUCAGUGCAGCCAAGGACCACGUCCAUCAAAGACCUUACAGUCGAUCAAACCUUUUGUUUUACUGUGCUCCAUCUGUACAAAAUAAAAUGUCAUCAUACUGUACACAUUAAAAGUAUUUUAAUAACUCCUUCUUAAA